AUGGCGGCGGUUCCAAAUCGUGGGCCGGAGCUGUUGGGUGUGAAUAUUGCCUUUGUUACCACUGCAUUCUUGGCAUGCUUAUUGAGAGUCUUUGUGCGGAUUCGCAUGGUGAGGGCGUGGGGGCUGGAUGAUUGGCUCAUGGUCACUGCAAUGAUGAUAUACACUGGCUACAUCACCUCCUCCAACAUCGGCGUCCAGUAUGGAACGGGUCGGCACCACCGUGAUCUCCCAGAACACAAUGUCAAAGUCGCGAAACACUGCUGGUACUUUUGCUACCUCUUCUAUUCGAUAUCCAUGAUUUGCUCCAAACUCUCCAUUGGCUGCCUUCUUCUUCGCAUCAGUGUCCGCAAACUCCAUACGUACAUCAUCUACGCCGCCAUGAUCGUUUCCAUUGUUGCCGGCGGAACCUUCUUCUUCGUCUGCCUAUUUCAAUGCGACCCCGUCUCCUACAUGUGGGACAAGCGCCAGCAAGGCACUUGUAUUAACAAUACCGUCAUCACCGCGCUUGGCUACGUCUACAGCAUCUUUAGUAUCAUCUCUGACUUCACUUUUGCCAUCAUCCCGGGCUUCCUCGUUUGGCACCUUCAACUCAAACGUAGGACUAAAAUCGCUCUUAUCCCGCUCAUCACUAUGGGAUGUAUUGCUAGUGCUGCCGUCAUCGCUCGCCUCCCCUUUAUUAAACACUUCAAUUCCCCCGACUUUCUCUGGUCCACUACCGACAUCGCCAUCUGGUCCUCAGUUGAACAAGGUCUUGCCAUCACCGCCGGCUCCCUCGCCACCCUCCGCCCCCUCUUUUUCCUCGCCAUGCACCGCCUCGGCCUCACCACCGGCGCCCCCUCGCGUCACCCUUCCGCCUACGCCCUGUCCGGCGGCCGCCCCGCCCACCCCCAACCCUCUCACCCUCAGAAAGCCAAACACGAGACCUUUCGCCCAGACAAAUACCAGCUCUCCGCCACCGUCAAAACGCGCUGCGACUCCGACUCGGACAGUAGCAUCCCGCGCACUGCCGAUGCUAGGCCGCUCAAGUUGACCUGUGGGGUCCCAGCUGCGGCCGUUGGUGGCGCACCCCAUUGGUCGGACCACAAGACGCAGCAUCGCAUGGCAGGCGGCGAGUUGCGCGGAGAUAACGAAAGUGAGCGCAGUUUGAGGAUGCGGUGUAGUGAGGACGAGGGCAUGGGUAUCAUGGUGUCCAAGUCGUUUUACAUUACCGAUGAGGAGAGGGGGAGUUUUGUGGCAAGCGGGGAGGGAUGUGGAGAGGGGAAAAGCGAAGGGGGAUAUCGGUGA